AUGUUUUUGUUUCAUCGGCGUUUUUCUUGUGGUAGUGGUAGCUGUAAUUUUUCUCAUCCACAAAUAUUCUUCCAGGAUGGCGCGAAAGGUCAUAUACUUGCUGGAGCCGUAGAGGAUGGCGCGAAAGGUCAUAUACUUGCUGGAGCCGUAGAGGAUGGCGCGAAAGGUCAUACACUUGCUGGAGCCGUAGAGGAUGGCCCGAAAGGUCAUACACUUGCUGGAGCCGUAAAGGAUGGCACGAAAGGUCAUAUACUUGCUGGAGCCGUAGAGGAUGGCGCGAAAGGUCAUACACUUCCUGGAGCCGUAGAGGAUGGCGCGAAAGGUCAUACACUUGCUGGAGCCGUAGAGGAUGGCACGAAAGGUCAUACACUUGCUGGAGCCGUAGAGGAUGGCACGAAAGGUCAUAUACUAGCUGGAGCCGUAGAGGAUGGCGCGAAAGGUCAUACACUUGCUGGAGCCGUAGAGGAUGGCGCGAAAGGUCAUACACUUGCUGGAGCCGUAGAGGAUGGCGCGAAAGGUCUUACACUUGCUGGAGCCGUAGAGGAUGGCGCGAAAGGUCAUAUACUUGCUGGAGCCGUAGAGGAUUGCACGAAAGGUCAUGUACUUGCUGGAACCGUAGAGGAUGGCGCGAAAGGUCAUAUACUUGCUGGAGCCGUAGAGGAUGGCGCGAAAGGUCAUAUACCUGCUGGAGCCGUAGAGGAUGUACAGGCAUUUUAA